AUGCUGCUAAGGAAUCUGUUUCUUUUAAGUACAAUAAUAGUACAGGCACAUGCAUUAUCAACAACGACAUUAAAGCAAACCAAAAAAUUUACCUCAUAUAUUUGUCCAACAUGUGUAACUAUUACCGAGGCUGAAUCAUUAUCUACUAUGACAUUAAAGCAGACUAAACACUUCACGUCGUAUAUUUGUCCCACUUGUAUUACCGUGACCUUCAAGAGAGACGAAACUAUUCCUUCUUCUGUGGUUCCUUCAACUUUUGCUGACAGGGCAAUUCUUACCGAGACUGUGUUCACAACGAUUCCCAUCACAGAGACCUUUGCAACAACAAAUCUUAAUGAUAUCACUGUUACAAAUACUAUAUCUGUUACCUUUACAGAUAAAAUAACUCAACUUGAAAAUUUCACUAAUACCAUCUUUCAUACUCAUGAAAUCAAUAUGACAAAUACAAUUUUUGACACUGAGACUACUCAACUCAUUCAAACAAUGUACAUGACAAAAACUGCAGAAAUAACUAAUACCAAAGUUCAAACCAAUGAAGUGACUAAUUCCAUUACGAAAACAAUUACUAAAGAGGUAUCAACAACAGAGACAAACACUGUUACAUUUACUCAAACUAAUACCAUGACGGCAACCACCACAGUUGAAGAAACGACUACGAUAACCGAAACAAAUUUAAUCACCUCAACUACUCAGGUUUUGAACAAAGUUAUUGAAACAAUUAAUGUAACUAAUAGCGUUCCUCUUACCAUUUAUGAAACAGAACAAUUAACCGAUUAUCGAACGUAUACUGACCAUGUGACCAAAACAAAUGAUAUAUAUGAAACAAUAACAAGUAAUGUUAUCAAAACAGUUACUUCACAAUUGGUAGAACAGGUAACAGAAACGUCUGAGCUCACCGAAACAUUUAAAACAACCGAAACGACUGUGUUUACAAGCACAAGGGAUGAAACAUCAUUAAUCUUGAUAACUUUGACCUCUACGUUUGUCACGACAUCUCCAUACUACACUACAAUGACGGUCCCACGUACAAUGAAUGUUACGCAAUUGGUCACCUCUUUUACUCUAGUUCCUAGGACAACAGAUGUUACAAGAACAAUUGACCGAACCAUAGAUAUUACUAAUAUCGAUGCAGUAACUCAUACAAAUAUUAUUACUUCAGUUGUUUCCACCACCCAAACUGAUGUUGUUACUCAGGUAAAUACACAAACCGCCAAUAAUACAAAAACUCUUACAACAGUAAAUACAGUUGAAAGCAUCAUACCUGUUACUUCUACCAUGGUACAGCUUGUUACAAGCACAGAUAGGCUACUUCAAAUUCAGACUUCUACUUUGAUUAUUCCAACCACUAUCAACGUUACAAGAACAAAUACAUUGACGUCAACAUCCUUGACUAUUUUGCCAAAAACUGUUUUUUCAACGAAUAUAUUCACCACCACAAACACAUUUAACACAACAAUGAUAGUAACAGAUCACUUGACUAGCACAGACAUUUUAACCUCAAUAGUACCAAUUACUACCAUUGAGAUGAUGACCAAAACAACAGUUCAAACGUUCAACGAAACAACUACAUUUGAGACGACUACAACAUUUGAGACAGUUCUGCCAAUCACGUCUACAUCUAUUCAAAUUGUCAAGGUGACAGACAAAUCUUUGGAAAUUGAAACAUCUACACUGACAAUUCCAUUCACUACUAAUGUAACAAACACAGAAACACAUACUUUGACAACAACUACAACUAUUCCACAAAUUGUAACAUCAACUAAUGUAAUGAGUUCGACUAGAGUAUUUUAUAGUACAAUAAUUGUGGAGGAUUACCAUACUUCGACAGUAGAGAUAACAACGAUUGAUCGUUUAACAACCGUGGUUCCCAUAACGCAGACGACAGUACAGACACAGGUUACGACCCAGAUAUUCAAUGCUACGAGCACGCUUGUUACUGUUAGCACCUCUGAAACGAUUGUUCCAGUGACGUCUGUAACCGUUGCGACGUUCAAGACUACUGACAAGUCACUUGAGGUCCAGACUUCUACUCUAACUGUCCCUAUGACCUCGAAUGUUACUAGUACUACUAUUGUGAGCUUGACAAGCAUCUCAAUCAUUCCCCAGACGACUAUUUUGACAAAUGUAUGGACUUCAACAAGGGUACUCAAUGCUACUAGGUUGGUAACUUCUACUGAAAGGGUAACAUCCACGGAUAUACUAACCGCUGUCAUAGCAUUAAAUAGAACGGAAAUUCGUACCGAAACAUCGACCCAUGUUAUUAUGCUAAGAAGUUUGUCAACAUCUACCAGUACCUUGCAAAUAAUAAUACCAACCACUUCAACAUUAACCCAAACUUUGAUAACUACGGAUGUAUCACUAGAGGUCCAAACUUCAACAUUCAUAACAACAUUAGUUAAAAACUUCACAAGAACACAAGUUAUGAACGUAAUAUCCACAUCCAUAAUUCCGCAGACCACGAUUUCGACAGCUAUUAUAAAUCUCACACAUUUGUACAAUACCACAAUCACUUUGCUAGACCAUACUACUUCUGUAGGGCUACUUAACUCCACAGUUCUUUUAACCAACUUGAUUCCUGCCACUAGGACGGAACUACUGACAAGGAUAAUAACUCAAACCUAUAAUACGACCAGCAUAUACUUAACAACGAACACGGUACAAAGCAUGAUUCCGGUAACAUCAACAUUAACGAAGGUCAUUAAAACUAUUGACAGAUCACUCGAAUUUCAAACUUCUACUUUAAUUAUCCCAGUCACCAAGAAUGUCACUGGCGUUAGUACAGUUAUGCUUACAGCAACGACAGUGAUUCCUCAAACUGUCAAAGUAACUACUGUAUUAACUUCUACAGAUAUUUUCAGUAGAACAAAUAGUUUAACAGUUACUUCCAAUAAAACUAUGACUGAUGAAUUGAAAGUGACAAGGACUGUUACAUCAGUGACCCCAAUAACGUCUACUUAUUUCAGAACAAUAAUGAAAACUAACGUUUUCAAUACAACUGAUGUAUUUUUCACAACAAAAAUGAGUGACCUGCUCGUUCCUGUAACAGUUACCAUUAAUGAGACUGCCAAAUAUACCGAUAAAUAUUUGAAUAUUUAUACCAAUACGCAAACAAUCCCAUUUAUUAAAAAUACUACUAGUACUGUCUCGUUACUUAUUUCUAAAAUCACCACAAUUCCAAGGACUACUAUUAUCACCAACAUUGUAAACUCCACAGUUGUAUUUAACAAAACAUUAAUAACAACCGAGCACGUCUAUAAAACAGAUGACGUUACAUCAACUGUUGUAGUAAUAUCUUUAGAUGCGGGUACGCCAACCCAAAUAUGUUCGUCAACUAAACGUACUGUAACGCUUGAAACAAUAUUAUAUACAUCAACCUCGCUACUGCCUACUACUAAGAGUACCACAAGAGAAACAUACAAGGCAAGUGUUACUGAUUCGACCGGUGUUUUAACAUCCGGACAUACAUUGACCAAGACCCUCAAAUCAACUUCCUACACAAAGGAAUCAGGGAGAGCAACGUCACAAAUUCAAUCGGAUCUAACCGAUGUCGACAACGUAGAUACAACGGUCUAUAGUGGAAAAACUUUGAUGUCUACUAAUUCCAUAGGAAGUAUGAAAUCAAAUGCUCAAGCUAGUGUUGCUAAGGGAAGCAAAUUGACAAUCAAAAAAUCUGACAGUGUUGCCACAGAAACGGAAACGAAACCAAGAUAUACCUCAGUAAUAAUAAGUGGCACAAACCUUUCACCAAGAAUCUCUUAUGCUUCCUCUUACACAACUUUAUCUUCCAAUUCUGGUAGUACUUUAAACACGGUUGCGGCCGCAGCGGUUCAUGUCUCCAGCUCAGAAACUUUGACCGCCAAGAGCAGUAUCUCUUCUACUCAAUCGGCCAUUAACAUUGUUACGUCUGUACAUGAAGGUGGUGCGUUCAAGUUGAGAAGUUCCAUCCCAUUGUGGUUAUUUUCCUUUUUCUAUCUGUUUUUUUGA